GUGAACUCUCUCUUCUCUUCACCCUUCGCACAAAUUUGCAUUCUUUCUCUUCUUCUGCCUCAGCGUGCAAAACAAUAGCUUCUUCCAUCUCUCGUUUUUCUGAGUUUCUCACUAACAUACUUCGCUGCUAAACUUCAUUGCGUCUCAGAUUGUUCAUUCUUGAUUUGGCUUUUUUGGUUGAUCUGUGUUGCAAUCUGCGGUUGGAAUUGUUGCUGGUGUUGGAUGUCUUUGUGAAUUUCAUUCGAGAUGAAGAGGUCCAAAGAUGAUGUUUACAUGAGUUCACAACUCAAACGCCCCAUGCUGUCUUCUAGAGGAGAACCCUCGGGGCAACCCCAGGUGAUGAGUGGUGGUCAGAAGUUAACGACAAAUGAUGCCUUGUCAUAUCUAAAGGCAGUAAGAGAAAUGUUUCAGGAUGAUAAAGAGAAGUACGAUGAGUUUUUGGAAGUCAUGAAGGAUUUCAAGGCCCAAAGAAUUGAUACAGCUGGUGUCAUAGAAAGAGUGAAGGAGCUUUUUAAAGGACAUAAGGAUUUAAUUUUGGGAUUUAACACCUUCUUGCCAAAGGGAUAUGCAAUCACACUUCCAUUGGAAGAUGAACAACCUCCGCAGAAGAAGCCUGUUGAAUUUGAAGAAGCUAUAAAUUUUGUGGGCAAGAUUAAGACUCGUUUUCAAGGCAAUGACCGUGUUUACAAGACUUUUUUAGACAUACUAAAUAUGUACAGAAAGGAAACCAAGUCUAUCACAGUGGUUUACCAAGAGGUUUCCGCCCUCUUCCAAGACCAUGCAGAUCUUCUUGAGGAGUUUACUCAUUUCCUUCCUGAUACCUCUGGAGCAGCCUCUGCUCAUUUUGCUUCUGCCCGGAAUUCUCUUCGUGAUAGGAGCUCUGCAAUGGCAACAGCAAGGCAAAUGCAUGUUGACAAGAGAGAAAAGACAACAGCUUUGCAUGCUGAUCGUGAUCUCAGUGUUGAUCAUCCUGAUCCAGAACUGGACCGAGGUGUGAUGAGGGCUGAUAAGGAGCAGAGAAGACGCGAGAGAGAAAAGGACCGUAGAGAAGAGAGAGAUAGGAGAGAACGGGAUAGGGAUGAUAGAGAUUAUGAUAAUGACGGUAAUCGCGAGCGCUUAUCCCACAAGCGAAAAUCUGGUCAUAGAGCUAUAGACCCUAGUACUGAACUAUUGCAUGAUGCAGAUGAAAAGCUUGAGAUGCGCCCUAACUCGUCCGCUUGUGAGGAUAAAAGUUCUUUGAAAAGUAUGUGUAGUCCAGUGCUUGCUUUCCUUGAAAAAGUCAAGGAGAAGUUAAGAGGUCCUGAGGAUUACCAGGAAUUUUUGAAGUGCCUACAUAUCUACAGCAGGGAAAUAAUUACCCGACAAGAACUACUGGCAUUGGUAGGUGAUUUACUGGGAAAAUAUGCUGAUAUUAUGGAGGGAUUUGAUGAGUUUGUGACACAAUGUGAACAAAAUGAAGGAUUCCUUGCUGGUGUCAUGAAUAAAAAAUCCUUGUGGAAUGAAGGACAUGGACAGAAACCAAUGAAGGUAGAGGACAAGGACAGAGAUCGUGACAGGGAUGAUGGGGUGAAAGAAAGGGAUCGUGAACUUCGAGAAAGAGACAGAUCCACUGGAAUUGCCAACAAGGAUGUUUCUAUUCCUAAGGUGUCUUUAAGCAAGGACAAGUAUGUAGGAAAACCUAUAAAUGAAUUGGACCUUUCUAACUGUGAACAAUGCACUCCUAGUUACCGUCUUCUACCAAAAAAUUACCCAAUACCGAUAGCUAGCCAGAAAACUGAACUAGGUGAAGAAGUAUUGAAUGAUCACUGGGUUUCUGUUACGUCUGGAAGUGAGGAUUAUUCCUUUAAACACAUGCGCAAAAAUCAGUAUGAAGAGAGUUUGUUUAGAUGUGAAGACGACAGGUUUGAACUUGAUAUGUUGCUUGAGUCUGUUAAUGUGACAAAUAAGAGAGUUGAAGAGAUCUUAGAGAAAGUUAAUGCUAACAUAAUUCCAGGAGACAUCCCAAUUCGUAUUGAGGAGCACUUAACAGCCCUAAAUCUUAGGUGCAUCGAACGAUUAUAUGGUGACCAUGGGCUUGAUGUGAUGGAUGUAUUGAAAAAGAAUGCAUCUCUUGCUUUACCAGUGAUAUUAACCCGCUUGAAGCAGAAACAGGAGGAGUGGGCAAGAUGCCGCGCAGAUUUCAAUAAAGUUUGGGCUGAAAUAUAUUCGAAAAAUUAUCACAAAUCACUUGAUCACCGAAGCUUUUACUUUAAGCAGCAGGAUGCAAAAAGCUUGAGCACUAAAGCCUUAUUGGGAGAGAUCAAAGAAAUUAGCGAGAAGAAACGAAAAGAAGAUGAUGUUCUUCUUGCCAUUGCUGCUGGAAAUAGACGGCCUAUUCUUCCUAACUUGGAAUUUGAGUAUGCUGAUCCAGAGAUUCACGAAGAUUUGUAUCAACUUAUAAAAUAUUCAUGUGGAGAAGUUUGUACAACGGAACAAUUGGAUAAAGUCAUGAAGAUUUGGACAACAUUUUUAGAACCUAUACUUGGUGUGCCUUCUCGACUGCGCGUUCCUGAAGACACAGAAGAUGCUGUCAAGGCUAAGAAUGAUUCUGCCAAAACUGGCACAACAAGUAUUGGCAAGUGUCAUAGUAGUCCUGGUGUUGGUCCUACCAUGAUGAAUCCUAAGAAUUUAACCACUAGUAGAAAUGGGGAUGCUAGUGUUCCAUUUGAACAAUUAAAUUCCUGCAAAGAAUGGCAAGCAAAUGGAGUUGGUGGGGUUAAAGAGGAUGAUUGUCUCGAAUCAUACCGUUCUGGCCCUAAGACUGAAACUUUGGGAAGUAGUACACUGCAGGGUAAAAUUCAUAUUGGUGCAUCCAUUCCUGAUGAAGUAUCAAGAGUCAAUAAGCUAGAUCAUUCCAUUGAACAGUUGGUGAAUGCUAAUGUCUCACUGUCCUCAGGAAUGGAGCAAAGUAAUGGAAGAACAAACAUAAAUAAUGCAACAGGACUUGCUGCAACUCCGUCUAGACCUGGUUAUGUUUCUAGUGAGGGAGGGCAUGAUUUACCUUCAUCAGAGGGUGCUGAUUCUACAAGACUAGAUAUGUCCACAAACGGGGCCAUCACCAAAGACACCAAAGUUCACAGAUCUCACAAAGAAUCAGUUGGACACUUCAAAAGUGAAAGAGAAGAGGGUGAGUUAUCUCCUAAUGGAGACUAUGAAGAGGAUAACUUUGCAGUUUAUGCAAAUGCUGGUCUGGAGGCAGUGCAUAAAGGAAAAGAUUGUAAUACCAGUCAACAAUACCAAAAUAGACACGGGGAACAAAAUUGUGGUGAAGCUGGAGGUGAAAAUGAAAAUGAGAGUGAUGGAAGUCCUCAUAGAUCAUCGGAUGACAGUGAAAAUGCGUCUGAGAAUGGUGAGGUUUCUGGUACCGAGUCUGCUGAUGGUGAGGAAUGUUCUCGAGAAGAACAUGAAGAGAAUGGGGAUCAUGAACAUGAUAAUAAGGCUGAGAGUGAAGGUGAAGCUGAAGGAAUGGCAGAUGCCAAUGAUGUUGAAGGAGAUGGAGCCUCGUUGCCAUAUUCAGAACGCUUUCUUCUCACAGUAAAGCCUCUGGUAAAACAUGUUCGCCCGGUGUUGCACGGGAAAGGAAAGAAUGUCCAAAUUUUUUAUGGAAAUGAUUCCUUUUAUGUGCUGUUUAGACUUCAUCAGACAUUGUAUGAGAGGAUACAAUCAGCAAAGAUAAACUCAUCCUCUGCUGAAAGGAAAUGGAGAGGUUCAAAUGAUACAGGUUCUACUGAUCAAUAUGGCAGGUUCAUGAGUUCUCUUUACAGUUUGCUGGAUGGUUCUUCUGAUAAUUCAAAAUUUGAAGAUGACUGUCGCGCUAUUAUUGGAACUCAGUCAUAUGUCUUGUUCACGUUAGACAAGCUAAUAUAUAAACUUGUUAAACAGCUUCAAGCUGUUGCCAGUGCUACCGAUGAGAUGGAUAACAAACUUCUUCAACUAUAUGCAUAUGAGCAAUCAAGAAAACCUGGAAGCUUUGUGGAUAUAGUUUAUCAUGAAAAUGCUCGUGUUCUUCUUCAUGAUGAGAACAUAUAUCGUAUUGAAUGUUCGUCUACACCGCCCCGAUUGUCUAUUCAGUUGAUGGAUUACGGACACGAUAAGCCUGAAGUGACUGCUGUGUCAAUAGAUCCUAAUUUUUCAGCCUAUCUGCACAACGACUUCCUAUCUGUUGUCCCCGACAGCAAGGAAAAAUCAGGAAUUUUCUUGAAAAGGAAUAAGCUAAAAUGUGCCUGGAGUGAUGAAUUUCCAAGCCAGAUUAUGGAUGGAGUACAAGUUACCAAUGGUCUGGAGUGUAAGAUUGCUUGCAAUUCAUCCAAGGUUUCAUACGUUUUAGAUACUGAAGACUCUCUAUUUCGAACAAAACGGAGAAGGAGAAUUCCGCAUCCAAACAAUUCUUAUCGUGAACAAACGUCUUCAAACAUUUGUUCAAGCAGAGCACAGCGGUUCUGCAAAUUAUUUUCCAUCAAAUGAUGGUAUCCAAUUUGAGACACAUAUUUAAUUUCAGUCAUGCAUCCAUGGCACCAACACAAGAUGGUGACGAAACUGUAUCCAAGAAAUGGAGAAUAUGAUGUUUUUUGAAAUAUAUAUAACUUUCUUGCAUUCUUCACUUCAUUCUCGGCAACCGAAAAAGGCAUUCGGGGAGGAAGAUGAUGAGGCUCAGGAGAUUGUGUACUAUACUGUGACAACAUGGUGAGUGAUGAGUUACAAUCAUGUAAAUAGAGGUAAUCUGUACACUAGGGGACAUUUUCUUUCCAUUCAUCAACAUUUUUGCUAUCUUAAUAAGUUUCAUUUUUUUUCUUUAGUUGGCUACAAAUUUAUUGGAUUAUUAUUACUAUUAUUA